GCGGAAUUCGAAGAAAAUUUUCUCGUCCGCCAUUGACGGCCGCAUUAGAUCUCCAUUCGGUGUAUGUGACUCUGCCUUUUCUCCCGCCCUCUAUCAUUAGUCACUAUAUUCGAGAAAAUGAUGAGAGUGCUAGCAAGUGUUGCCACAGAUUCAUUUUGGUUGCAUGGUAUGGGCCAUCCAUCAUGGUCCAAGGGAAGAAUGGUCGUAUUGUUUAAGGGCUGCGCUCGGUCUGUGAAAACAGCAUGUCGCAUUUCAGUCCCCGGCAUUUCACUGGGAACUGAAUCUAUAGGACCUCCAAUGUUUCUGAAGGACAAGAAAAUAGUCCCUGAUGCUGAUCCUCCCAACAAGGAAGAUAUCCACAAGUUGUAUCAGCUUUUUGAUCAAAGUUCCAAGCUCACCAUUCUGACAGGAGCUGGGGUCAGCACAGAAUGUGGAAUUCCUGAUUACAGAAGUCCCAAUGGAGCAUACAGUUCUGGUUUCAGGCCGAUUACUCAUCAGGAAUUUGUUCGACAUAGCCGAGCUCGUAGGCGGUAUUGGGCAAGGAGCUAUGCUGGAUGGAGACGUUUCACUGCAGCGCAACCAGGUCCCGCUCAUAUUGCUUUGGCAUCACUAGAAAAGGCGGGUCGAAUAGAUUUUAUGAUUACGCAAAAUGUUGACAGAUUGCAUCAUCAUGCUGGGAGCAAUCCACUUGAAUUACACGGGACAGUAUAUUCUGUUGUUUGUUUAGAUUGUGGUUUCUCUGUCCCUCGAGACUCCUUUCAGGAUCAACUGAAAGCCAUCAAUUCUAAGUGGGCAGAAGCAAUAGAAAAUGUAGACCAUGGAAAUCCAGGAUCAGACAAGAGCUUUGGCAUGAAAGUAAGGCCUGAUGGUGAUAUUGAGAUCGAUGAGAAAUUUUGGGAGGAAGAUUUCCAUAUACCAACAUGCCAAAGAUGUGAUGGAGUGCUAAAGCCUGAUGUCAUCUUCUUCGGAGACAACAUCCCGAAAGAAAGAGCUGACAAGGUGAUGAAAAUUGCAAAAGGCUGCGAUGCAUUUCUUGUACUAGGAUCAUCUUUGAUGACUAUGUCUGCUUUUCGCCUCGUCAGGGCAGCUCACGAAGCAGGAGCCGUGACCGCCAUCGUAAAUAUAGGAGAAACGCGAGCGGAUGACUUUGUGCCUUUGAAAAUCAGAGCUCGGGUCGGUGAGAUAUUGCCAAGGGUGCUUGAUAUGGGAUCUCUCAGUGUCCCAGCCUCUUGAGUUGGUAUUUGUCAAGAGCUAUGGACAAGAAAGAAAUCCAUUGGUUCACAUGCUAAUCUUUUGUCUCCCUUCUUGCUCUAUCAAAAAACUACGGGUGAAUUCACCUUCUCAAAUGUGUGUGUAUAUAUAUUGACUUCUUUCAAAUUUGUACGUGACCUGCCAUGAAGUUCACUUCUACUUAGGCAUCAUAAAAUGUGAAAUUCUUACA